AUGGGAGGCUGGCUGUCGUCGCUACUGGGGAAGAAGGAGGUGCGUAUCCUCAUGGUCGGUCUUGAUGCCGCCGGUAAGACCACCAUUCUGUACAAGCUGAAGCUCGGCGAGGUCGUGACCACCAUCCCGACCAUCGGGUUCAACGUCGAGACACUCGAGUACAAGAAUCUGAAGUUCACCAUGUGGGAUGUCGGUGGCCAGGACAAGCUUCGCCCGCUGUGGCGCCACUACUAUCAGAACACGAAUGGCAUCAUCUUCGUGGUCGAUAGCAACGAUCGUGAUCGUGUGCGCGAUGCCAAGGCGGAGUUGGAGAAAAUGCUCGUUGAGGACGAUCUCCGCGCCGCGACGCUGCUUGUGUUCGCCAACAAGCAGGAUCUGCCGAAUGCCAUGAGCACGACAGAGGUGACAGAGAAGCUUGGCCUACAUGCCCUGCGCCAGCGCAACUGGUACAUUCAAGGCUGCUGCGGCACCACCGCUCAGGGUCUCUACGAGGGUCUCGACUGGCUUUCUGCCAAUAUCAAGAAGUCCAUGAACUGA